GUCUGGGGCCUGGGGUCCGGGGGCGGACCCUUAGCACCCGAAUUCCCAGCCUUCUUUCUCUUUCGCCGUCUCUGGCUUCCUCUCCUCCCUCCCCCGUCGACCAAACGAUUGUGACGAGAUGGUGAAACACAACAAUGUCAUUCCCAAUGGGCAUUUCAAGAAAGACUGGCAGAACUACGUGAAAACGUGGUUCAACCAGCCCGCCCGCAAGAAGAGAAGACGUACCGUCCGUCAAAAGAAAGCUGUCGCCAUUUUCCCGCGGCCCACAGCUGGAUGUUUGCGUCCCGUUGUCAGAUCUCAGACGGUGAAGUACAACACAAAGAUUCGUGCUGGACGUGGGUUCACCUUUGAGGAGUUGAAGGCUGCGGGCAUUUCUAAGAAGCUGGCCCCCACCAUCGGGAUUGCUGUCGACCAUCGCAGGAAGAAUAAGUGUCUGGAGAGUCUGCAAGCCAAUGUUGCUAGACUAACCACCUACAAGGCCAAAUUGGUUGUCUUCCCGAGAAGGUCACGCAAGGUUAAGGCUGGUGACUCUACGCCAGAGGAGUUGGCCUCCGCUACCCAGCUCCAAGGAGAUGUCCUGCCCAUCCAGCGUGUCCGCCCAGUUGUCGAGCUGGUUGCUUUGACCGACGAGAUGAAGAAUGGCAAGGCUUACUCAAAGAUCCGUCUAGAGAGAAUGAAUGCAAGGCUAGUAGGUGUACGCAAAAAGAGGGCUGCCGAAGCCGAGAAGGAAGAGAAGAAGUGAGACAGUUCUUCCCUAUCACAUGUUGGGGAUUUGAGCCUCCCUAUUUCUCACCUUUAUACAUAAUGUGGCAAUCGUGCGUCUUCAAUCCUCCACGAAAGUUUCUAUCUGGCACAUCUGAAUUAAAGAAGUUGCAAGUAGUUGAGCAGGAUUUUGUUCAUUUUAUGACUCGGUAUUCGGAGAGGUUCACCCGUUUCAGGAUCUCCCUCGGUACCUGCAGGGAGCAUGGCAUGUCCUAUGUAUAAUAGAAAACAAUUUUCAGGAUUGGCAUCACCUGAGAUGGACUUAACACAUUUUAAGUUGGAGUUCCCGGGCCGUCAAAAUUACCUGUGGGCAGAUUUCCUAGUG